AAUGAGGUUAAAUUCCCUAGGUAAUUUGAACGCAGAAUGCAUAGAAUCGAUAUAAUAUUGCUUCUGAAUAAUAUUGGUUUUAAAUAAGUUUAAUUAAACAUUUUUAGCAUCGUUAGAAGCAAAAUGUACAGAAAAAAUGUUUGAAUUAUAUGUUAAUUUUCAACUACCGGACUUUUCGUUGAGAACUACCGGAUUAGAAUUUGGAACUACCGGAAUCCGGUAGAGCUACCAGUUAAAAUAUGCCCUGGUAAAUGUUUUUUUUUCUCUGUACCUUUGCUGCUAUUCCUUAAUAAGUUAUACAUAUAAUUAUGAGACAGUGUUAUAUAGCGCCCCGAAGCACAUUUUCAUGUGCUUGUCGGCACAAGUAACUUGGGUUUGUAACGGUAUAAAGCUGGCACAGCGAUCCGUGCUGGAAACAGUAUCCUUUGAAUUUUCAUGGCACUCACAACUCUUCAUCGCUUAUAGCUCAAGUUGAGUGUGCGGCAUUUGGUUGGUGUGGUAUUUAAAAGCGUCGUCCAUCGGCUUCAUACAAAUUUCAUUAAGCGAUACAAUAUUAUUUGCGUUAUUUGGAAAAUAGGAGAAAAAAAAUGGUUUUUCUUCUUCGCUUUCGGUGAAAUCACAGUGUCUUUAGUGCAAUCAUAAGCGAUAGUUACUUUUAUGAACAAUAGCAUAUAUGUGAAACAAAGUGAAGAGAACAAGAAGAAAACCGAAAAAAUACCGCCGACUAACAAUUCAACAGAGAAUAAUACCGAAAAUAUACAGAGAAUGAGAGAAAAAGAGCGAAUUGAUUUACGGUGACGUUAGCAAAAGCUACAAAAGACUUUGCAUGUUUUAGUUGUGAAAAGAACGAAAUUCUUGGCUAUUUUGUGUUCUUGUUGAUUUUUUUCAUGAUGUGACAGUCGCGCUUUUGGCGAUAUUUGCUCAAGAUAUUAUUAUAGCUCAAGUGCCCUCCCAUAAUACAAUAUAUGAUCAAAAAGGAAUAAUUAUUUGUGAACCGAGUGCGCAAUUUCUAUUAUUUCAAAGUGAAUCACUUGCAAAUAAAAGAAAACAUUUGCCGAUGAAUUGAUUUUUUGUGUUGGAUUUUUGUAUUUGUGGCAUAAAAAGUGUGUUGAAAUGCUAUAUAAAAAGACUGAAGAGUCAUAAGUUUUACCAAAUCAAGAAAAAGAUCGUUUUACAAACAAUAGAAAGGGUGUGUGUGAGUGUGUAGAUUGAAUGAUAAAUAAGGGCAAUAUGACGAGCAACCAUUCGUCAAGCAGCGGCAGCAGUUCAUCGUCAACAAAUCCAGUUCAAGUUGGUGAAGAACGAUUAAUGGUUGCUGUUCGUGUUCGACCGCCGAUCAAUUUGAAGGAAGACAAAUGCAUUCAAGUAUUUUCCAAGAAAUCACUCUACUUCGACGAUGGCCACAAUAAACCCAAGAAAUACAUGUACGAUUAUGUAUUUGCUGAGGAUUCAACACAAGAUGAAGUGUACCAGACAACGACAUCGCCACUUAUUAAAGACGUUCUCAAAGGAUAUAGUGCGGCCGUAUUUGCGUACGGUGCCACCGGUUCAGGCAAAACACACACAAUGCUCGGGGCAAAUCCACGAAAGGUGGCUGGCACACCGAUAUCUUCAUCAGCAGCCGAAUUUCCACCAAAAACGGCCAUAUCGGUUCAAACACAAUCAACGGACGGCGGCCUAAUGGUAAAAGCAAUGGAUGAAAUCUUUCGACAUGUCGAACAGGCUGACAACCCCGAAUCAUUCAAGGUGUCCAUUUCGUAUUUGGAAAUUUACAAUGAACUCAUUAAGGAUUUAUUGAAUCCGAGUGGGCCGCUCGAGUUACGAGAAGAUAAUCGAGGUCAACGUAUAACUGUUGCUGGUCUUUCGGAGAUAAUUGCAACGAAUCGACAAGAAGUGAUUUCGCUACUGAUUCGUGGCAAUAAAGCGAGAACGAUGGAACCAACGGCCGCCAAUCAAACGUCAUCACGAAGUCAUGCAUUGCUCAGUGUAACCGUACAACAUUCGACGCCGUUGGGCACGAAACAAGGACGCCUCUAUCUCACCGAUUUGGCCGGUUCGGAACGCGCCAAAAAGACAAAAAAUCGCGGUAAACGUUUGCAAGAAGGCGCACACAUCAAUCGAAGUCUCUUAGCCCUGGGCAAUUGCAUAAAUGCACUAUCGGAUGGAGCCAAGUAUGUCAACUACCGUGAUUCAAAGCUAACGCGACUUUUAAAAGAAACACUCAGCGGUCGAUGCAAAACUGUUAUGAUUGCUCACGUUUCACCCGAAGCACAGCAUCGCGAUGAAACCAAGAAUACACUAGUUUAUGCAGAUCGUGCCAAUCACAUAACGACACGACUGCAAAAACCCGAACUCAUGGAGGAAACCGUUGAAUUUCCAUUAAAUCAUUAUCAGCAUUUAGUAACUGAACUGCGCGAAGAAGUUACACGUCUGAAAUCAAAAAUGCUUACCGAACGACCGCGGAGCGGCGUUGCCGCUGCAGCACUUGCCAAUCCCAAUUCAAUUGAGGAACAAACGAAGAAAGCCGAAUUACGAUAUUUACGCGAACAAAUCGUUCUCACUUUCAAACAACAAAUGAAACUGCGACGACGAUUGCUUGAGGCUGAGAGUCAUUUACUUGGUCUUGAAUUGGAUGCUGAACGACAGCACAUGGUUAUUUCGCAUUGGCAAGGCCGCAUGGGCAAAUUGUAUGACACGGCAAUCGAUCAAAACAAUGAAAAUGAUUCUGAUUCCGAGGGAAAUAUUGCGUUAAAGUCGGCUUGGAGCGAAUUGGCGGCAAUCGAACGAGAGGCGAAACGAUACAAAGAAAUUCGCGAACAAACUGAAAAGGAUUUGGAAUUGUGCCGUCAGAAAGGUGUUGCCCUGGAGGAUGAACUACCUGAUCGUAUAAGCAGCGACGAUGAACGGGAGCUAUUGGCACUGUUGUGUCGGGUGCACGAAUUAGAAGCGGAUAAAGUGUCACUGCAAGCUGAUCGAUUGGCACGACAAGCUGAACUUCGCCGAAGAGAUUUGCAAUUGUUACGCGCUGAACGCCAACGACGAUUAUGCGAGGAUAUUAUCUCAACACAACGAAAACUGAUCGAAGAUGGUAAAGUUGAAUUACCGGUCGAAUUGCAAGAGCUUUAUUCGCUUUAUCAACAAGAGAUCCAUGCCAGCACAUACAAUGGCAGUUUAUCAUCGCCUCGUGAACUCUACGACCGAAAGCUUCCACCGAUUUAUUCCAAGGGCGAACGAUCACCGGGAAGUUCGUCUUCAAGCUCGGACUGGUCAAUAUCACCAUUGCCGGCCAUUGAGCAAAAGCAAUCGUCACAACAUGAUAACCCGGACCGUUUAAUGGGUGCGCCAGUGGUGCCUCGACUUCCAUCGAUAUUGAAAAAUCAGCCCGCCAGUCGGUUUAGCGAAAACCAAAGUGCACAAAACGUUGAAUAAUUUUACUUGUGCAUCAAAUAGAGUUUUGUUUUUCUUAAGUUCGUCGUUACUCAUUUUAGAUUUAGGCAAGACCAAAAAUAAAAGAACAUAAAGGGUUUCCAUAAAUUUCGAAUAUCAAAGAGUUGAUAGUUCGAAAAUUGAUUCAGUCGCGCUCAAUGUAAGUAGAUUUGUUACAUGAACAAUGUAUAAAUUAGGGUAUUUAAUAAUUACAUUAUUAUGUAAACCAAUGUUGGUUGAUGAUUUGUUGUGCAGCAUAUAACAACAAUUGAUGAAUUAUUAAUAAGAAGAAGAAGAAAAAAAAAACAGUUCACCUACUGAAAUGGAACUUAAAUUGAAGACUAAUAAUAAUGAACACAACACAACAACAACAACAAAAAUGAGCUCAAAUUGAAAAAUGUUCUUCAUCAUCUAUAACUUUUACUGUAGAUAGUUUUAUGUCGAUUUCCCGCACAAACAACUAACUAGGUCAAAAGCGCAGCAAUUGCAAUUAAUAUUGCGUGUGUGUAUGUUCAGACUUUCAUGUAAUGCAUAAUAUCAUAACAUUUCAUGACAAUACAUAUUAGCAACAGAAUUCUUCAACUAUUUCGAUAAGAAUUUAGCGUUAGUUAUUUAUUUUUUCCUCUCCGUUCUGUUUCCCUGUUGCUCGCUGUCUUCAACGGCCACAUUUUUUGCUUUGUCGUUGACAAAAGUUUUACUUGGUGCCUUUAUUCUUGAAACAUUCCAUUUGAAAAAUAACCGCAGUUUGACAUGUGUUUAAUUGUGCAUUAGAAUGGUUUAUUUUAGUUGUGUUGAACCAAGAAAACAAAAAAACCUUUACCCUACAAAAAAAUCUGUACUAUUUUGAAAUAAAAACUUGAGCUAUUUGCAACCACAGGA